AUAUAUAUGUGUGUGUGUAUGUACAUAUAUAUGCCGUAUCGUGAAUGCUGUAAAGUCCAAUAUCGUACGAUAUCUCGAUUUGCUAUUAAACACACCGGAGUUGGCGGUAUCUGUUAAUUGAACGAAGAAUUUCCUUUGCGAAACCCACAAAAGAUGCCCGAAAACGUGUUAAACGGGGAUCAUGUUGAUACAAAAACUGCUAAUUGCGAAUCUCAAGACAACGAAGAAGAUGGUACCGACAAUGAUAUACAUUUUGAACCAAUAAUUUCCUUACCCUUAAUAGAAGUGUCCAAUAACGAAGAGGAUGAAGUUGAGAUGAUAAAAAUGAGGGCAAAAUUAUAUCGUUACGAUUCAUCCAAUAAUCCUGCCGAAUGGAAGGAACGUGGAACAGGUGAAGUAAAGUUACUACGACAUAAAACCAAAAAUACUGUGAGGGUUGUAAUGAGAAGAGACAAGACGUACAAAAUCUGCGCCAAUCAUUUUAUAACUCCUUGGAUGGAAUUAAAGCCAAACUGUGGCAGCGACAGAGCAUGGGUAUGGAGCGUACUGGCAGAUUAUGCGGACGAACAACUUAAACCAGAGUUGCUCGCGAUACGAUUUGCAAACGCGGAAAAUGCAUCUGUUUGGAAAGAAGCAUUCGAAAAGGCAAAGAAAAUAGUAGGUUCCGAAUGUGAAAUAUAUGCCGGGAAAAACGACAUGGAUGAAAAACACGUGGAAAGCGAUAGCGAACCUUCCAGCGAUGUAAGUUAUAGCGAAAGUACCGACAACGAUGAACAAGGAAAAAAGCAAUCGGAAAACGAGAGUUUACAACUUGAAAAUAGCCAAAUUGGAAAAACAAAUAAGGAACAUGACAUAGCGAAAGUAUCACGCGAGCUCGAAGAAUUACAGGUGAAAGACAUUGAAGAAAAGUAAGGGAUCGUUCUCGGUGAAAUGAUGGCAUUGAUAAAGAAGAAAAAAACAUAGAAGAAGAAGAAGAAGAAGAAGAAGAACAACAACAACAACAACAACAACAACAACACAUUCCGAUGUAAAUUGAUACGCAUGCAUGUGCUUAAAUAUUGAGCAUCGAACGUAACGUAGGAAAACUUUAUAGCAAUAAUUUUAUUAAACAGGUGGAAUAAACUUCGAAUUUACGAAUAAGACAA